AUGAUUAGCAAAAUGAUGGAACCACACAUCCAACAUCACAUUAAUAAUAAUAAUAAUACUCAUCACAUAAAUAAUUAUAAUAAUAAUAUUCAUAAUAAUAAUAAUAAUUUACACCAUCAUAAUAAUAAUAAUAAUAAUUUUAAUAAUCAUCAUAGUAAUAAUAAUAAUAAUAAUCAACAAGAAGCAAAUAUUGAGACUACAUUUUAUAGUCCAACAUUUAAAAGAUAUGAAUCAGUUAAUUUUUAUGCAAGUUUAUUAAAUAUAUUAAAACAAUACGCUAGUAUUGUAGAUCAGUAUCAACCAUCAGCUAGGAGAUUUAUUUGGAGUAAUAUUUUCCAAUUGUUGGCACAACCACAAAGACCAUGCGACAUUCAUUUCACACCAGUCAUUAGUUCUUGGUUAGAAGAAAAGUCUGUUGAUCUAAUGGAUAUUGAAACUUAUUUUACAGCAUUUACACAAGCACAAUAUCAAUAUCCAAACAUUUUCGUAGAUUUCCCACCAAUCAGUGGUAUCUUUUCAAUUCCAGGUAUUUCUGCACCAAUCACUAGUUUUAGAAUUCCAAAAUCUCAAUUAGAUCCAAAUAGUUUACAACAAUUACAACAACAACAACAACAACAACAACAACAACAAAAUAUCUCACCACAACAACAUUAUAAUAAUUCUUUAAAACUACAACAACAACAAUUACAGCAACAACAACAACAACAACAACAACAACAACAACAACAACAACAACAACAAUUAUUAUUUCAUCAACAACAAGCUCAAUCUUUAUUACAAAAACAACAAAAACAUUCAAAAUAUAAUAUAAAUAAUAAUAAUAAUAAUAAUAUAAAUAAUAAUAUAAAUAAUAAUAAUAAUAUAAAUAAUAAUAAUAAUAAUAAUAAUAAUAAUAUAAAUAGCAAUAAUUUAAUUAAUGGUUUUAAUAAUAUAAAUAAUAAUAAUAUUAAUAGUAAUAAUAAUAAUUCAUAUUCACAAAAUCAACAACAUUAUCAACAAUUACAAUCACAUGCACAAUUUGUAGCACAACAAGCAGUCCAAUCACCAAAUCAAAAGAGUCCAACAGUUUGGAGUACAGAUUUACCAUCAGUUUUCCAACAAUUAUCAUUAUUACAAAGUUGGUCCUUUUUUUUACAAAAGUUACCAAUGAGUUUUAGAGAAUUAAUUUGGAAAACUUGUUGUUUUUUCCAUCAUUUUAAUAAUUUUGACAGGGUUUCAUUUCCAAAUACCUUCUAUCGUUGGUCAAAAGAUCCAAUUCCAAAUCUCGCUCAUAUUACAAUUAUGUUUUCAGCACUUGGUUACUUGAAAGAAAUGGGAAUCUUAAAGAUGGAGUUAUAUUAUCCACAAUCUUCAAUCUCUGUUUUCAAUGAAAGGACUUAUGAUCCUUAUAGUAGGUCUCCAAAUUCUUCACCAAGAUCUUAUGAAUAUGGUGAUGAUUUAGAUGAUUUAGAUAAUAAUGAUCAAUCUGAUGAUGAAUAUGAUCAACCAUUACUUCCAAUUCCACCAAAUAAUAAUAGUAAUAAUCAUUAUCAAUCAAACAAUAAUAAUAAUACUACCACUACAACAAGUACAUCAUCAUUACCACAUAGCAAUAGUAGUAAUAAAUUAAAUUUAUCACCACCAUUACAACCUACUUUAUUAAGUAGUUUAAAUUAUAAUAAUAAUAAUAAUAAUAAUAAUAAUAAUAAUAAUAAUAAUAAUAAUAAUAAUAAUAAUAAUAAUUCUAAUAAUGUACAGUCAAUAUCACCAACAUCAACACCAUAUCUUUCACCUAGAAAUUUAACAUCUACAACACCAACAACACUUUCACCAUACAAUUCAAAUUUACUUUUAAAUUCUAAAAAAAGAAAAUCCACUGAUAGUAUUAAUGAUCUUGCUGUGGCCGCUGUUUUUUCAGAUUGUUCAUCUCAUCCAUCAUCACCAAUUAAUAAUAACUUUUAUUUAUCUGCAGCCUCCUCUGCUAAUCCUUCAUCAUCUUUACUUUCUGCUUUAAGUAGACAUUCUUCAAGUACUACCAUUCAAGAGGAUGAAGCUGAAAUUAGACCACCUGCUUCUUUACAAUCUUCUCCUAAAAAAUUUAGAUCUGAAGAAUUUAAUAAUAAUAAUAAUAACAAUUUAGAUAAUGAAAGUAAAAAUGUUGAGGAAAUAUCUGAUAAAAAAGAAACAAACAAAAAAGAAUUAAUCGAAAAUAUUGAGAGUCAAGAGAGUUUAAAAGAAAAUGAAGAUUCCACUAUUGUGCUAGCAAAUGAGAAAUCUGGUAAAUCUAUGAACAUCAAUUCUAUUCUUUGUUAA